UUGAAAUAUUUAAAUUACUAUAAAAACAGAGGUUUUCCAAAUGGCAGACAAUUUUAAUCAUCCAAAUAACGACAUGGUAAUCAGGCAUUCUCAGUAUGAUGGGUACCCAGAAUCGAGGAAAUAUGAUGAAAAAUAAUGAAGAUAAAGAAAGAUCAACUCUGAACUUAAAUGAGCCUCCAUUUCCUCAGGAGGAUCAAAGUGAAGUAUUUUCCUCUAUCAGUGCCAACCAGGAAUACCAACUUCCAAAAAUGCCGGUUGGGAUGCAAGGAACUUUUGAAAUAUAUUCAUCUGUACAGAUAGGAAACGAGCACCUUGAAGCGCAUGCAGGGAAGCAUCCUAUUAUAGCCAUCCGGAUGAGGGGUCCUUACAAGCAAUAUGGUGUUCUCCGUCAUUUUCAAUUACCUGAGGAUGGCAUCAAAGUGAACCAAAUCAGGAUUAUCAAAAGAAAUUUCUAUGACGAUGUUGAAGAUAGGAUCGACGAAUGGAUAUUCAUUUAUCUCGUUUUUCACAAAAAUAUAAUGUGCAUGAUCUUUCAGUGAAAGGACAUUAUGAGCCAAACAGAACAAAUCAAGAAAGCAAGGCUAGAAAUUAUCCGCACAGACCAAGAUGAAAUUAACUUUGAAAGAGAUUUGGAGAAAAUUGAGAGAAUUAUUUUCACAGCUGUAGCUAAUAUCGACUCAAGGCUUUCCAGUGGAGAUACUAGUAUUAACCCUGACGAUUUUAUUUAUGCAGCUGAGAUUCAGUCUGAAGUCCAGGCUUUUAAUCCUUUUAUUUUCUCAAGAGUUGACUACUCCAACUGAUUCUCAAGGUAUCCAUACUCGCCUAUUCCUGUGAAGGAUAAAGAGAAGGAUGACUUAGACAAUACAACUUCAAAAUUAGAAUCUAGAGUGAUAGAAAGUUCAAACUCAUGGAAUGAUAGACAGAUCAAUUUCAGAGCUUCUAGUGCUAUUAGCCAACAUACUAAUGAUAAAUCUUAUGUUUACAACAAUGAUAACACAAACUUGUACUCUCCCCAAAAUAUGGGGAAGAAUAUAUCUCACUAUAAGAACCCUUCUGCUGAUUCUAAUUUUAAUCCAACUUCGCUGGUGGAUAUAUCUCAAAAUCCCUUUGAAAAUGGUCAUGCAAGAAGAAUGUCUCAGAAUACCAUGAAUGAAGCUCAAAAUGCAGAAUCUUGUGACAAAAGUGGGCAUUCAUUGAACAUCAAUGACAAGUCAAUGACUCCUGACUAUAUUGGGGACUACAAUGAGGCUGGAAUAGAGAGGCUAGCCUCUCCGAUCUCCAUUGUGCCUAGUCAGAGACCUGGAGAUCUUUCUUCAGUCACUGAAGAAACCUUGGAUGGGUUUGAACAGUCAGAAAUGGCAACUACAACGAGGCAGGAGAACAAUCUUAACAAUAAGUUUAAUGCCCAGACAAAUUACUAUAGAGAAGAAACCUCACUUGAGGAGGAAGAGGAUGAGUAUUCUGAAGAAAGUGAGUAUACAGAGACUUCAGUUGCCACUCAAAAUUAUGAUAAUCCCGAGUACCAGAGGAGAUACGAAGAGGUUUACAAAAGCUUCUCUGAUGACUGGAGAAAAGACUAUAAUAUUAGAGCUUCUGUGACUUUGAGUCAUAAUCUAUCUCAAGAAGAAAUGAACAUUAACAAAUUUGAUGCCUGGAUAGAGCUCCUAGAACUUCCAAACAAUCAAAAACAGUUUUAUCAUCUAUUCAAUAAAGGAGUUCAUCCGGCUUAUCAGUAUUUGAUGGAAAAUUAUCCUUUAAAAGAGAGGGAUUUGUACGAGAAAUACAUCAGAAUUUUGUCAUGAAUCGGACACUGGAGCAAUUUCAUGACUAAAGUUGAUAUUGGCCCACUAAUUGUUUUCCCAUUUGUGAAAGUAAUGGACCACUCAGAAGUAAUUGUCUGUGAGACAGUCAUGACAGUCAUAAAUCAUUGGUGAAGAAAUUGGUUUGAUUUCCAUCCAAACCCUCCUAUCCAUCUGCUGAAUAUAGUGAAAUAAAACUGUGAAAAGAGAAAGUCUCGAGGUUCAUCAUCAUUUUAAGAAGCAUGGAUACAAAGUUGUCCACUAUGCCUGGCCUAUGGUGAAAACAUUAUUCAGUGAAGUCUUUAAUGAUGAAGAUUGGAGCGAAAUGAUGAAUUAUUUAUUUACUUAUCCAAGCAAAACCAAUUUGCUUUAUUUCUUAUCUGCAGCUAUAAUUCUUGAGAAUAUGGAAGGACUGUUAAGUUGUAGAGAUCACAAGGAACUAAUAAAUUAUGAUUACUCUUUGAAGAGUUAUGAUGUUCUUGAUCUCAUGUCAAUAACUGUAGCUCUUUUUGAUAGAUACAACAGCAGAUUUUUAUCUGAAUUAAAUCUGCAAAACUGAUUAUCAACACCAGAAGUUCCUAGUUUUGGAUUCCCUCAUUCCUUCCCUCUACCGCCAAAUAAUUACCCAAUAUGUUUCAGAUAUCCUCAAAAUUCAUCAAAAUUUUCAGAAAUCCCCAGGAAAUAUUCAAACACUCAUAAUUAUCAUCCUGAACAGCCGCUCUCAAAUCCAACUUCUACUGCACAAAAUUUACCUAUCCAAAAUCCAAUAGCAUCUCAAAGUUAUGAGCUUUCUUCUAAACCCAUUAAGACUACCAAAAUCCCAUCAGGGAGUUUCAAAAAUCAAGAAUCGCUUCGAGAACAAUUCAAAAUUCAAAAAUAACCUCGAAAAGGUAGAAAAUCACAGAAAAGAGCUAGCCAAAAUAAUGCAAGAGAACCGCCUUAAUUCCCAAAAACAGCCUCAGACACAUAAGAACUCCUAUUACGAAGACCACAAUAUAAACACCGAUGACUUCUCCCAGAGUCAGCAAGAAGAGGAGGAAUGUGAAGAAGAAAAUGAAACUAAUGAGUCUAUUCAUGAAGAAGUCUUUGAACACAUAAAUCUUGCCACAGAGUCUGAUGCUAAUGAUAGCAUAGAUAUCGAGUACCAAGAGAUGCUAGAGAAGGAAAGAAUGCUCAAUGAGAGACUUAGGAUGGACGAAGAGAAGCUACAAGCAAGAAAAAUUGAACUCCAGUCUGAGAUUAGGUCAAAGAUGACUGAAAUUGGCUCUCCGGUAUCAGCAGUUGGUGCUGAAAACAUGUCUGAAAAUAGCUUUAACUUCAAUAAAUAUAACAAGAAGAAAUAUAACAAGGGUGACGGAGUGUCAAAGCCUAUUUCUCUACCCCCUGCUCAGCCUUUACAAGUUUCUUCGAUCCUAAAUAUCGAGAAAAACUUGCCUGACGUUCAUAACCUUAAGUUCAAAUAA